AGAUCGACGAGAAGAAACGAAAGACGCAAAUCUGAGCUGAAGCUUUCUGCAGAGAAGAAGAAGAAGAAGAAGAAGAAAAGCACUGAAGGCAGAUUGAGCGAUGAUCUCUCAGUUCUUCGUUCUCUCGCAGCGAGGCGACAACAUCGUAUUCCGCGACUAUCGCGGAGAAGUGCAAAAGGGAAGCACGGAGAUCUUCUUUCGGAAAGUGAAGUUCUGGAAAGAGGAAGGGCAGGAUGAAGCACAAGCACCGCCUGUCUUUAAUGUCGAUGGCGUAAACUACUUCCAUGUGAAGGUAGCUGGCUUGCUAUUUGUUGCAACCACAAGAGUUAACAUAUCACCUUCUCUAGUGCUGGAGCUUUUGCAAAGGAUUGCCAGGGUAAUCAAGGAUUACCUCGGUGUUCUCAGUGAAGAUUCAUUGCGGAAGAAUUUUGUACUUGUAUAUGAGCUGCUUGAUGAAGUCAUUGACUUUGGUUAUGUGCAAUCUACAUCCACUGAAGUAUUGAAGUCUUAUAUAUUUAAUGAACCAAUCGCAGUUGAUGCUGCACGUUUACCACCUCUUGGCCCUGCAGCCAUUUUCAUGCAAGGAUCAAAAAGAAUGCCCGGUACAGCUGUCACAAAAUCUGUAAUUGCGAAUGAACCUGCAGGAAGGAAGAGGGAGGAAAUUUUCGUGGAUAUAAUUGAGAAGAUCAGUGUGACAUUCAGUUCCAGUGGAUAUAUAUUGACUUCUGAGAUUGAUGGUACCAUUCAAAUGAAGAGUUAUCUUACCGGAAAUCCGGAAAUUCGAGUAGCUUUAAAUGAGGAACUGAAUAUAGGAAGAGGAAGCGGAUCACUAUAUGAUUAUAGAAGUUCAACUGGUUCUGGAGCAGUGAUACUUGAUGACUGUAAUUUUCAUGAAUCUGUCCGUCUUGAUAGUUUUGAUGUUGAUAGGACUUUGAGUUUGGUACCACCUGAUGGUGAAUUUCCAGUUAUGAACUAUCGCAUGACCCAGGAGUUUAAGCCCCCUUUUCGCGUAAAUGCUUUGAUUGAAGAAGCAGGAAAUCUCAGGGCUGAAGUAACUAUUAAAAUACGGGCUGAAUUUCCGUCAAAUAUCACCGCAAAUACAAUCGUGGUCCAAAUGCCACUGCCUAAAUAUACUACAAGAGCAACUUUCGAGCUGGAUCGUGGAGCAGCUGGGCAAACGGCAGACUUCAAGGAGGCAAACAAGAAGCUUGAAUGGAGUUUAAAGAAGAUUGUUGGUGGAUCCGAACAUACACUACGUGCAAAGUUGACAUUUUUGCAAGAAACCCAUGGAAAUAUUACAAAGGAAUCUGGACCAGUCAGCAUGACAUUCAUCAUCCCCAUGCAUAAUGCUUCGGGACUACAGGUGAAGUAUUUGCAGAUAGCGAAGAAAUCGAGUACAUAUAACCCGUAUCGGUGGGUGAGAUACGUCACUCAAGCCAAUUCCUACGUUGCUCGUUUAUGAUAUGAUAGAAGUUGUAUUACCCCAAACUCCCCUCCCACCUCUUAUUUCCCACCCGAUCCUCUUCUCUCCUCACACUGAGCAUAUUGUACACUAAUCUUUUCGUGAAACGUUACAUACUUCAGACCAAAGCUUCAUCUCUGUUUUGUCAGAAAUUUUUGUUUAUUUAUUAUUGGUACAAGACAUCGAACCAAGGUCUUUCUUGUAGGUGGAGUGUAUCUUUAUAUUCUAAUGGCUGUUGAUCUGCCGAGACAGAUCGCUGCACGAAAUAGCCUACUUCCUGUGGUAGGUACAUACUUGUCUCAUCGGCUUUUCCACAUUUGUGUCAUUGAGGAUGAUUUUAGAUCGA